UCCUGAUUCAGAAGAACAUGUUUUUGGUAGAGAAUUGCAGAAUAUGCCCAAUAUUCAUGUCGAGGUGAAUCCCGACGAUAUUUCUGACUAUGAAUACCCAGAAGGGACACAAUAUGAUAAUGUGAAUACAAAUACAGAUGUAAACAAGCAGUUUUCAAAUGCUUUAUUUAAUGACUCGUGUAAUAGUGAUCCUGAUGAUGGUGUCUGGGAAUUACCUAAAUUAAAAAUACCAGAGAAAGGCAAGGCUGUUUCAGAUACUUUAGCAAAACUGAUUAAUGUUUCUUGUACGCAACAGUGUGAUAUAGACUCAUUGUUAGCAAAGUAUAAAAUUCCUGAGAAUUGUGAGAUGGUUAACCCUCCAUUAGUUAACCAAGAAAUUUGGAAGAUUUUGGACAAGAAGGCCCAUGGGCAGGAUAAAAUUCUUGUUGAUAUUCAGAAUUUGGCAGCCAUAGGUUUUGCACCAAUUAUCAGAUUAGCAGAAGUUUUCAAAGGACAGAUAUCAUGUAAUUCUGAAGUUAAGUCGUUGUUGUCAGAUGCUCUUACAGUUCUAGGACAAAUACAGUAUAAUUUAUCUGUCCAAAGACGAUAUAUGAUCAGACCUGCACUUAAGAGGAAGUAUGCUGCAUUGUGUCAUAUGUCAAUGCCAAUCACUACAAAACUUUUUGGCGAUGACAUAUCUAAGGAAGUAAAGAACUGUGAAUCUUUUGCAUAUCUUUGUAGAGACUCUGUCAGAGGUACAGGCUUUGUAAGAAGUAGUAAUCGGAGCAGAUUUCCACGUAGAAGUUACGGUGGUUCUUAUGGUUAUCAGGCACAUCCUAGUAGAUACCAGCCAUAUCCGCAGAGAGGGCAACAGUAUAGACCAUAUUCUGCUAGGUCUAGGCCUGCAAGAAAGGCUCCAGUGGCAACAGUUACAGCCCCAAACGGGCAGGAAUAAAUGCAACAUCUUGUGUAGAUUACCAAGGCACAGAGAUCUGCUCAUGAUGUCACACAGCGGAGAAGUACACCCAUUGGGAAAGAAACUGAAGAUCAUCACAGCCAUUGUCUCAGGAAAGCACUCCAAAGUAGAGGCCUUUCAGCAGAUGUUGCAAAGUUCAUCCUUCAAUCUUGGGCAGCAGGGACCCGUAAGCAGUACAGAUAUGCA